UCGCAGGUCUGCCGCUGACAGUGCUGUAGUUAGGAAGUAUGUAUUGAUUUUUAUCUCGUCCCUUUUUCGAGUUUUCCGCACGUUCGGAGUUUAAUAUUAUAAAAGUUAAUUUUUUAUUGUUUUUCUCGGUUAAUUUUUUUAAUUUUUACAAUAGUGUUAUUUAUACUUGAGUCUGUUUCACCGUUUUUACCCUAUGACGCGUUUAUGAGACCCAAUUGUUUUCGGCUAGUCUGUGUAUCUAUUUCGCGUUUCCAUACUGUAAAUAAUGGCUAAAGACAGGCUAGCGGCUUUAAAAGCGGCUCAAAGUGAUGAUGAAGAAGGAGGCACUGAUGAUUUGGCUGUCAAUUUGGAGGGUCGGCAAGAUGGAUCGGGAGCGGGAUUUAUGGAUAAGUUUUUUGAAGAGGUGGAGGGUAUCCGAGGGAUGAUAGAUAAGAUUCAAGCAAAUGUGGAAGAAGUGAAGAAAAAACAUAGUGCAAUUUUAUCUGCUCCUCAGACUGAUGAAAAAGUGAAACAAGAACUGGAAGAUCUUAUGGUGGAUAUCAAAAAAACUGCUAAUAGAGUCCGUGCCAAACUCAAAGAAAUUGAACAGAAUAUAGAAGCAGAAGAGCAAUUGAACAAAUCAUCAGCAGAUUUAAGAAUACGCAAAACACAACAUUCAACAUUGUCACGUAAAUUUGUUGAAGUGAUGACAGAAUAUAACCGUACACAGACAGAUUAUAGAGAACGUUGUAAAGGUCGAAUUCAAAGGCAAUUAGAAAUAACGGGAAGAACAACUACUAAUGAUGAACUUGAAGAAAUGUUAGAACAAGGGAACCCGGCUGUAUUUACACAAGGCAUAAUUAUGGAAACACAACAAGCUAGGCAAACAUUGGCUGAUAUUGAAGCUAGGCAUGCUGAUAUUAUAAAACUGGAAAACUCGAUCAGAGAACUUCAUGAUAUGUUCAUGGAUAUGGCAAUGUUGGUAGAAAAUCAGGGUGAACUUAUUAAUAGAAUAGAAUACCAUGUAUCAUUCACUGUUGAAAAAGUUGCUGAAGGCAAAAAAGAACUGGAUGUUGCUGAAGAUUAUUAUAAAGGAUCCCAAAAAAAGAAAAUCAUGAUCCUGAUAUGCUUGACAAUUCUCAUUGUUAUUCUUGGAGGAUUUGUGAUGAGUUUUCUUCCCAAGUUCCCCUAAACUUAUAUCUUCGUGAAAAUAAGUAAGCAUAGAGCAAUUUUUUGACGGGUACAUCCGGCAGAGCAGUCACUCAAUACAUACUAGUUCUUCGGCUUGUAAAGACUGGAAUAGUGUACGAAAACAACAUUUAUUCGUUUGAUUUAUUUAAUUUUUAUUUCCUUUUCCUGCCUAAAAAAAAAAAAAAAAAAAAAAAGUA